AUCCCACUUUGCACAAACAAUCUCAGUGCGUGUCCCUGCGGUGGCGACCACAGAUCCCUCGUACACUGCUCGACGAGGAUGAUGGAGCACACGCCGCUGGUGUCCAAGAAGACGACGGAUGUCUUUGACCUCCAGCACGAGUUCUGGCCGUACCUCUCGCUCGCCUUCCAGAUGGCGCUCGCCAACAUUGCGCGCAUCGCGCUCACGUCCAUCGACUCGGCCUUCCUCGGCCACCUCGGCACGGGCGCGCUCGCAGGCUCGUCGCUGGCCACGAUCUGGACCCAAGUGCCGCUCUUUGCCGUCUGGGCCAUGGCCUCGGCCCUCGUGACGCUCUGCGGCCAAGCGUUUGGCGCCAAGAACUAUGCGCUCAUGGGCGUGUGGUUUCAAAUGUCAUUGAUCCUCGUGACGCUUUUGUCCGUGCCCGUCUUUGUCUGGUACUGGGUCCUCGACGUCGUCCUCUCGCGCGCGACGGACGAUCUCGAUAUCGUUGCGCUCGGGGUCCGCUUUGCGCGUCUCCUCUCGUUUUCGAUUUGGCCGACGCUGGCGUAUGCGUGCAUGCGCCAGUACCUCCAGGCCAUGAACAUCGUCGCGCCGACGACGAUCAUCGGCACGAUCGCCAUCUUCCUUGCGAUUGGCGCCAACACGUUCUUCAUCUACGGCGCCGGCGAGUGGCACGGCCUCGGCUUUGACGGGUCGGCCAUCGCGACCGUCUUUGCGUCCUGGUUCCAGCCCAUUGCACUAUUUCUCUAUGCCUUUACGUACCGCGGCUACCACAAGAUGGCGUGGGACGGCUGGCACUGGUCGGCGUUCACGUCCGAUCGGUGGCGCACGUUCCUUCGCAUGGCUGUGCCCCUCGGCAUCAACGACGGCUUGACGACGCUCGCCAACUCGUGCAUGUCGCUCAUCGCCGCGCAGCUCGGUGCUCAAGUCCUAGCGUCGAAUGCAAUUCUGCUCACGCUCUGGGGCAUGGUCUGGGCGCUCUUCUGGGGCAUUGGCUGCUCGACCCAAGUCAAGGUCGCGAAUCAUCUGGGCGCCGGCCACCCGAACGCCGCGCGGGCUGCGAGCCGCCUCGGUUUUGCCACGAUCGGUGCCGCGACCGUCCUUGUGGCGCUGGCGACGUUGCUGGGACGGGACCUCGUGCUCCGCGUCUACACGAGCGAUGCCGCGCUCAUUGCUAUGAGCAACGACGUCCUCCCGCUCUUUGUCCUAGCGUUUUGCCUCGAUGCGCUCGAGAUCACGAUGACCGCAGUCCUCGACGGCAUGGGCCAAAUGCCGUUCGUGUCCAUGGUUGCGUUCGUCGCCAUGUGGGGCAUCCAGCUGCCGUUCGCGUACCUCUUUGCGAUCCAGUGGCACUGCGGCUUUGCGGGUCUCUGGUACGGGAUUUGCCUCACGGCCGGCUUCAAGCUCGUCGUGCUCACGGUCAAGUACACGACGAUCGACUGGACCCAAAUGGCGCAAAACGCCAUGGAGGCGAUGGAAGCGCCGGACGCGGUCGACUGGACGAUGCCACCUCUAGCGAUCGCGUCGCCAGCCAACGUGCUCUUGACGCCCUCGAAUGGAUGGGGUCGCACCAAGUCGCACGUCAGUGACAUUUAAUCGAUUGCAAUAGACCAAAGUGUGAGGACUAUCGAA